GGAGGCGGAGGCGACGCGCCGGAGGGAAGAUGGAAGACUACCAGGCUGCGGAAGAGACUACUUUUGUUGUUGAUGAAGUGAGCAACAUUGUGAAAGAGGCUAUAGAAAGUGCCAUCGGUGGCAACGCCUAUCAGCACAGCAAAGUCAAUCAGUGGACCACAAAUGUAGUGGAACAAACUUUAAGCCAACUCACCAAGCUGGGAAAACCAUUUAAAUACAUUGUGACCUGUGUGAUUAUGCAGAAGAACGGAGCGGGACUUCACACGGCGAGUUCUUGCUUCUGGGACAGCUCUACUGACGGGAGCUGCACUGUGCGGUGGGAGAACAAGACCAUGUACUGCAUCGUCAGCGCCUUCGGCCUGUCCAUCUGACCGCCUCGGCCGCCCGGCCUUCUCCUCGAUUUCUCUCCCAUCUUCUCACCACCAGCCGUGAACUCCGUGAACACCUUCCCAUUCUUUGUUUUUUGUGGCACUCACAAAUUGUAGAGAAAUCACCCAAAGGGCCACACCCUCUAUGAUCAGCACCCCCGACGGGACUCGUUCACUCGGGCCACCAGAGGCCUGCACGGCCACUUGUCUUCACUCUAGUGUCUGCUCCAAGGUGCUAAGAACUCCAGUCUGCUCGUGCGAACCUUUCUCUACUCUGACGUGGCUCAAACACACUAAUUGUCCAA